AUACAAAGUUCCAACGAAAUCGAAGUUCACAAUUUUCUUCUCUUCUUGUUUUUCUAAAAAUCCAUGGAGUGAUGAUAGAUAGAGAGACGAAGAUCCGGAUCCAAGAUUAAGAGAAUCCGGAUUGUUUUAAAUUUACUUAGAUCGGAGAAAGAUGCCGCCGGCGACCGGAGAUAUCGAUCGUCAGAUCGAGCAGUUGAUGGAGUGUAAACCGUUAUCUGAAGCGGAGGUGAAGACGUUGUGUGAGCAAGCGAAGACGAUUCUGGUUGAGGAGUAUAAUGUUCAACCGGUUAAAUGUCCGGUUACCGUCUGCGGUGACAUCCACGGCCAGUUUUAUGAUCUCAUCGAGCUUUUCCGGAUCGGUGGUUCUGCUCCUGAUACUAAUUAUCUUUUCAUGGGUGAUUAUGUAGAUCGAGGGUAUUAUUCUGUGGAGACGGUUUCACUCUUGGUAGCCUUGAAAGUUCGAUACAGAGAUAGACUUACAAUCCUAAGAGGGAAUCAUGAAAGCCGGCAAAUCACUCAAGUGUAUGGAUUUUAUGAUGAAUGCUUGAGGAAAUAUGGAAAUGCUAAUGUAUGGAAGCACUUCACUGACCUUUUUGAUUAUCUUCCUCUUACUGCUCUUAUCGAGAGUCAGGUUUUCUGUUUACAUGGAGGACUUUCACCUUCUUUAGAUACACUUGACAACAUCCGAUCUUUAGAUCGAAUUCAAGAGGUUCCACAUGAAGGGCCAAUGUGUGAUCUCUUAUGGUCUGAUCCAGAUGACCGAUGCGGUUGGGGAAUAUCUCCUCGUGGUGCAGGCUACACUUUUGGACAAGAUAUCGCUACUCAGUUUAACCACACCAAUGGACUCUCUCUGAUUUCAAGAGCUCACCAACUUGUCAUGGAAGGUUAUAAUUGGUGCCAAGAGAAGAACGUUGUGACUGUAUUUAGUGCUCCAAAUUAUUGCUACCGUUGUGGCAACAUGGCUGCGAUUCUAGAGAUUGGUGAGAACAUGGACCAGAAUUUCCUUCAGUUUGAUCCAGCCCCACGUCAAGUCGAACCCGAAACCACUCGCAAGACUCCUGAUUAUUUUUUGUAAGUACCAAAAGAAGCAAAAUUGCUAUUCCACACACUAGCUCUUUUUCUCUUUUGCUUCUAUUCUUAACCACGUUUUGUAAUUUCAUAUUCCUUUAUGUCUGUUUGUCAAACUAUCCAUUGUUCUUUAAUACCCGUAAUUUUGUCGUGUUGUGUUGAGUA